AUAACUGAGGAGGGAACACCUGUGCACCCUGCGGCUUGAACAAGGAGGGUCGAUCCAGCUAAUCCAGGGGUAAAAGCUGAUCUGAGGACAGGCCCGAAGAGUUCAGCAGCUCCCACUGCCUUGUUAGUCUUUCUUUACCAAAAAAAAAAAAAAAAAAAUUUUAAAGUUACAUCUAUUGAUUUUUGGGACACAGUGAUUGCUAGAGAACAGUGGCAAGACAAAGAGAGUGAAACAGGAACUCAGCAGAGGCUUGUAUGAGCUGUCAGUGUUCAGCUUAAUUAGUUCGAAUUUUAGGUUAAUCAUCAUGAAAACUAAUAUGCUACCAGCAUCCCUGAUUGUUUCUGGACAACGAAAAAAGAUGGAAUAUAAAAAUGGAGCAAGCAAGCACGUAUCACUGCAGCCAGGCUAGGGGCACUCUGGUCUGUGCCACCCUCCAAGCCAGACAGACGGCAGGACGGGCAGACAGCUGCCUCUCAGACCAUCGCACACCAUGGAGGCUCUGUACAUCCAACCCUUGGAAGAGGAUGGGGUGAUGAUGAAGGAGGAGGAACGGGAAAAAAGUGAUGAGCAGGAAGAGGGAGGAAUGGAGGCCUCAUCUCUCAUGGGUUCCACCACAGACGAGGAAACAGAUGAGGACUCCGAACCAGAGCCCCCACCGGUCAUUCGGAGGAAGGUGUCAUUCGCAGAUGCAUUUGGCCUCAACCUGGUGUCAGUUAAGGAGUUUGACAAUGCUGAAGUGACAGAGUCAGAAGUCAGCCAGCCCCCUGAGAGGGAGGCAACCUGUCCCCUGGAGGAGUUCUACAUGUCCUGUCUGUUUACAGUCCCCUCGUCCCCAGAGGAGCUGGACCAGAGGCUACAAGCGCAGAUGGUUGAGCUUGAAAGCAUCGGGCUCCUCCCCGGAACCACCACACUCCGUGGCAUCAUCAGGGUGGUCAACCUCUGCUACAGUAAGUGUGUUUAUGCCCGGAUGACCCUGGAUCGCUGGACAAGCUACUUUGACCUGUUGGCGGAGUAUGUGCCUGGAUCCAGUGAUAGGAAGACAGACAGGUUUACCUUUAAGUAUACUCUGGUUCCUCCCUUUGAGAGAGAGGGGACCAGAGUGGAGAUCUGUCUGCGUUAUGAAACUUCAGUGGGCACUUUUUGGGCUAAUAACAAGGAAAUGAACUAUGUGCUGUUCUGCCGCCAGAAAGGACAUGUAAAGGAGCAUGGGCCUCAAGUGCAAGAGGAGAGCACCAGCUACAAGAGCAAGAGGAGCUGUCUCAAAGCAAACAGGAGGGGAAGUACAGAGGAAAAGACCAGUAACACAUCAGCAGUUGCUGCAGCAGAGGAGGCUGACAGAAAGACAAUGGACAGCACAGAGACACAAUCAUUACUAUACUGUGAAGAACACAACCCUUUGGUGGAUCGCAUAAAAAGCAGAAACAGAGCAACACGUUUGGCACAUGUGCAGGACUAUUUCUCCCAAAAGAGACAGCAAGUACCAAAGGCUUAUUCACACGAUUCAGCCAGUGGCCAGAAACUUUCUCAGCCUUUGCCAACUGCGUGGGGUGACUCUGCCAGCUUUUUCCAUAAACGGCAAAAGAAACCAUCCAACGAGAGUCCACAGGUGCUCACCUACCACCAGAUUCCUCUACUUACACUGGACUGGAACAAUGACAAAGCCCAUCAGUUGGGGACUGCUCACAUGGAUGACAUCUGGACUGGGAGAGCUAAAAUGAACUUGUCAAAAGCGUCAGUGGAAAAUAUAGAAGAUACACCUUCUGUUAAUGAUAUGUGGAAGACCUGCCGUAAUGGUACAGAUGAUACCACUGGUGAAACCUCCGUGUGCGAUGUAUGGCAGGCAUUUCUUAAUGGGCCGAGCUGUACGGGCCAUUCUGGUGUUCCAGAGUCAGAAUGGCUGCAGACAGCAGCGUCAGUGUCUCCCUCAAAUGAUAAAGAGCCCAAAACCCAAUGUGCAGCAAGCAGUCAAGAGCAUGAAUUUCAGGUGGGCACGGAUACACCCACAACCUUACAUGCACACACCUCAGCUACAUGUCAGCUGCUGUCAGACACUUGCGAAACAUUGUUGGCUAAUGUUGCCUUGAAUACUGAAGACCACCAGCCAGCAGAGGCAUGUGUCAGCAGCCUAAAAGAUGACAACACAGCGACACAAGAUGCCUCCAAAAGGUCACAGACAAACUCCGUAACAGACACUCCGCAGGAAUUUAGCCUCAAGGGGGCCACGCCUGUGUCCGAGGGCUCUGUUGACAGUUCAACUGAGUGUCACAAGCAUGCGAUCUGGGAGCUAGAAAGAGAAGGAAUAAUAGGAGGAGCAGAAAGAAUAGGAAAUGAGCCCUUCACACCACACACAGCUGACUUAGUAACAAGCUCAGGGGAGUUGGAGACAACAGACAUGACAGCAACGCCAGAGUCUCAGAAUGCCAGCGCCGUUGAUAGGAUCUCACAGGGAGCAAGGCUGGAUGAGGGUCUUUCUUCCAGCAGGGAAGGAGAGGUUACAGGUACCGCACACAAUGCGAUGGAUGACAUGCUGGCAUUUAGGGAGACAAUCAGACAGGGGACAAAGGACGGGGAGAGGUUUGUCUUUUCCACAUCCAGACAAGGAGCGAAGGAAGGGAUAAUGAGUAACUGUACGGCAAAUAAAGUAUCUACUGAAGAGGAGCUAUUUAGGCCACAUAAAACAGAAGAGUGUGAAAUCUCCCAGAGGUAUGCAGAUGAAAAGCAACAUGAGGAAUUCAGGUGGAACCAAAACAGUAAAAAUCCAUUACAAGAGAAUGAGAGUGAUGAAAAUGAAAUAAGACCUGCACAGUCACAUGCAGAUGAGUUCAAUCCAAACCAAAUGUGUGAGGACAAUUUCAAGCAAAGCCAAAUAAUGGCAAGUGAAUUCAAAUUGGAUGAAUCGGAGAACGAAGGUGUUGCAUCAAAUAACAAAGGCUUGGAAGUAUUCAAAAAGACAGAGGUGGAACCUUCCUAUUGUAUAACAAGCGAGGAAACAAAUGGACAAAUUGGUACAGAACUAUUAAAUCAGGAAGCAUGGCAACAUAAUGACAAAGAUUUACAAGUGAAUUCAUCAGUGGAGAGGGGAAACACAUCAAUCAUUUCAGAAGUGCAUAAUAAACAGUUAAGGCCAACCCAAGCAGGGGAAGAGCUGUCCAUUCAGAAAGACGAGGAGGACUCAACACUGACACAAAUACAGGAAAAUGUUGUGCUGAAAUCUGAAACAGGUGAACAUGUAUUAGUCUCAAAUCAGACAGAGGAAGGAAAAAGCUUGAGUUGUGAUGGAAUAAUUGAGGAGCAACAGGAAAUAAACCCAUCAGCACAGAUAAGACACACAGUGCAAUCGAGGGAAACGAAAAAGGUCUUCCAAAGUGACCAUAAUACAUUUAGACCUUUUCCAGCAGAUAAAUGCAACCCAAACCCUGUCGAGGUGGUAGAAAUAAGAUGGACUCCUUCACAGGACGGUAUGAAGGGUCAGAAAGAGGAUACAGGCAGUGAAAUAAGCCCAGAAGAAGUCACAGUGAAGGAGAACGUUGCAAAGAAAGACACUUCAACAGAACUUCAACACCAACCUGAGACAUUAGAAAGAACAGAGGAAGAUAUGAGUCAAAGAGAAAAAUAUGAGAGGGUGAGUAUUAGAAAGCUGAAAAUAAUAGCACUGGGGGAGUUGAUGGGUAAUGUGGAGAACCCUCAGUGGGAGAGGAAGAAUGCACCAGCUGAAUUGAAAGAACAAGAGUUGUCAGCAGAAGUUGAGAGCUCUCCACAUGUUGAAUAUAAGAAAUUGUCAGAGGGAACAAAAUACCCUAUUACAGCAGAAAAUGCUGUAGCACUUGAAGUGAUAGAGUCUGGAUUGGAGGAGAUGUUCUUAGAGAGAUUUGGAGAAGAUUUGGUCAGGGGGGUUUGGGAAGAGGUGUUCGGUCGGAAAGUACAGGCCUCAGAUAGACACACAAAUAUUGUUGAUGGAAUGGGAGGCAAGCUGGCAGAUAUAACCAAUAUUACACAAGAUUUCCAUCUUAAUUUUGAGAAAGACCUUAAUGAUGCUUUUGAUGCAGAUGUAUUUUCCUUGACAGAUCCAAAUUUAAGUCUCUGUCAAGGCCUAGAGCAAACCUUAGCAACUAAGAGCAAUGAAUGCUCCCCAAAAGAAAGAAGUCAGUCACUCACCACUGCAGAACAAACUCACUUUCUCUCAGAAUCACAGACAGAUUCGAAUUCAAGUGCUCAUCUCUGUCAAGAUCUCACCUCCAUUCUAGCUGCUCAGAGCAGGCAGUCAUCGACUGAAUCAGCCCAAAGCUGUCCAAAGGAUCAGGAAAACUACACUCAAGUAAAAGAAAGAGCAGUCAACCAUCAGGAGAAAGGUAGACAAAUAGAAGACUGUGUAGUCGACAACAAGGAGCGUUUUAAUCGAUCAGCCCAUCCAUCUCACAAACAUCUGAGUUCCCCCUCUGAGUCAGAUAGUCUCAUAUGGUGGAGUAUGUUAUACAUCCUCAGUCACAUCACCAGACUUCUAAUCUGCACCCUCUUAGUUGCUGGAUUCUUCUUCAUCGUUUUCCUGUAUGAUUUCCCAGCAUUCUUUGCGCUCUACGUAUCUUCAUUGUGCUGGUGGUUUUUUAAGUGGAAGAGACAUCGAGUGACGACAAACAAGGGGAUGGUGGGAUAGGCAGAGAGUUAAGAGGGAAGGAAGGGUGUUAAAAACUGAUGUGUGUAGCAUUUUUAAACAUCAGUACAUCACCGCCAAAUUAACUGUAACAUCAAUGUCAAUAUCUUCAUACUGUAUAUUCAGACUGGUGAGACCAUGGUGAAGAUUAUUGGGAGACACAAAAAUGGGUGCAAUAAAAGAAAAUGCUACACACAGCACUAGUAGUAGCGUGUGUGUUUGGUUGUGUGUUUUUAUAUUUGGUUGUUUCUUUUCUAACUCUAAAUGAAUUUAGUGCAGUGGUUCCCAACCUUUUUUGGCUUGUGACCCCUUAAAACAAAACAAAGUCUGCUUGCGACCCCUUGUCACUCGUUGCCUAUGUCCACCAGUUAUAACCAGUGUAACCAAAGAGUGAUUUUUUUUGUUCACUUGUUUCAUUUAAAUUAUUACAGGAAAGUAUGAAAAAAUAAACAUAAUUUGAUGCAGCAGAAAUAUGUUUUUUCACUUUAUUCCUCUGUUGUUAUGUCUCGUGGCCCUUUCAAUUAUUCUUGCGACCCCUUGUGGUGGACCCAACCCCCAGAUUGGGAACCACAGAAUUAGUGAAUUAGGACAAAUUUGGCUUUUGUUAAUCAAAUCAACAAACAAAUUUAUCUUUCCAAAUAAUCUUGAAUUUAAACAAUUGUGUAAAACAAUUAUGUGUAUGAUGUGUGAAUACUUGCUGUGUGUUAUGGGCCCAAUAUCACUUUAUACUGUACCAAAUGGAACAAAGUGAGUAUGUGUUUGUUUCGGGUAGAUAACGGGUGUUUGCAAUAGUGGAGCAUUGGAGAUUUGAAACAUUUCUCUUUCCUUGCUUUUCCUCAAUAAAAGAAAUUCAUAUGACUAAAGAAA